AAAAAGCAUAGCCUGCGUAUUUCUCUCUACUUUAGUAAAAUGGCGGAGCUCAAGGAAGGAGACGCCGAACAACUACACCAGGAGGACGUCGAUAUAAAAGGUGGUGGAGUCUCAGACACACUGGUCCCAGAAGAGAGACAGCCUGCUGCGGAUGAUGCAUCUUCAGCCAGUAGUACUGUGGGGAAGACUGAGGCACUGGCAGGGGACAAUGAUGCCAAACCAUCGACCACAACCAGCGAUAGACACAUCUCUAUCCAGACCAAACUAGAGGGCCUGGAGGUGCUGACCGACCUAAAUGGAGCUGGGAGGAAGGCGUGUCCACUAUGCCCUGAGGAGAAGUUUAAGGCCUGCUACAGCCACAAGCUACGACGCCACCUCCAGAACCUCCACUGGAAGGUCUAUGUGGAGUUUGAAGGUCAGAAGAUGUGCAUCUGUCACCUGCCCUGCAGACAGCUGAGGCCCAGCCCCAGCCCCAAUGGAGACCAGGCUCCAGGCAGGCUGGUGGCACAUUACCACUGUGUAGUGUGUUCAGUCACCAUCGCCCGCAAGACGGACAUGAUCAGUCACCUGAAACGCCACGUCAACAAGGGAGAGACUGAGGCCAGCUACUCAGGCAGCUCUGAUGUGCCCUUUGAGGAGCCAGCUCCGUCUGGACAGGCCUAUGAGAUAAUGAAAGAGCUGGGGACCAAUGUUCAGCUCAUGCCCAACCAUACGACCCCACAGAAGACUGACACCUACUUCAACCGCAAGAUGAAGACCAACAGGCAGCUAGUAUUCUGUUCCCUGGCGGUCCUGGCUGAGGAGAGGAACCCGUUGGAGAGUCUGGAUGCGUUUGGGGCCACAGGCAUUAUGGGACUCCAGUGGGCCAAGCACCUGCGGAACGCCGUCAAGGUGACCAUAACCGACAUCAAUGAGGUGUGUGUCAAGAUGAUCCGCGAGAACUGUAACCUCAACCACAUCCGGGUGGAGGGGUCGCGGGGGUCAUCCCGGGUCCCUGACGGGGGGGCAGGGGACGUGGACGGGGUGCCCAUCGCUACCGUGGAGGUCGCCAAGAUGGAUGCCAACGUUAUCAUGCACCUGAGGUCUUUUGACUACAUACACCUGGACCCGUUCGGCACGGCGGUCAAUUAUCUGGACUCUGCUUUCCGGAACAUCCGGAACCUGGGCAUCAUCUCUGUGACGUCCACGGACACGGGCUCCCUCUACUCCAAGUCCCUGAACGUCACGAUGCGCCACUAUGGCUCCAAUAUAGUCCGCACAGAGUACUACAAGGAGCUGGCUGCACGCAUGGUGCUGGCCACUGUAGCCAGGGCUGCGGCACGCUGUAAUAAGGGCAUAGAAGUGUUGCUGGCGGUGGCUGUGGAACACUUUGUCCUGGUGGUCGUCAGAGUCCUCAGGGGUCCCACCCAGGCCGACGAGUCAGCCAAGAGGAUCAGACAGCUCAUCCACUGCCAGUGGUGUGAGGAGAGGGUGUUCCUCAAACAGGGGAGCAUGGUGGAGGAAAACCUGUACAGACAACUGCCCUGCAACUGUCAUGGAAGCAUGCCUGGCAAGACAGCAGUGGAGCUGGGGCCGCUAUGGUCUGGUCCUCUGUUUAACUCCGGGUUCCUGAGGAGGAUGUUGUUUGCAGCAGUGCAGCACAGUAUGGAGGAUAUUCAGCCUCUAGUCAAGACUCUGAUCUGUGAGUCAGAGUGCACAACCCUCAAGUCCUCUGUUCACGGGCCCACUGCACUCACCAACCAAGUGGAAUGUGGUGUAGUCAUCAAGGUACAGAAGGUGGAGGAGUCAGGCACCACUGACCACUCAGGGAAGAGAAAGACAGGAGAUGAGCCAGGUAACGUGGUGAAGAAGCUGAAAUCAGACGGGUCUCUGGAGCACCCAGCGUUCUACUACGGUAUUCACCGCCACAGCAUCAGAGGCAUGAACAUGCCCAAGUUGAAUAGGUUCCUGCAGUACUUGACGGAGGCAGGCUUCAGAGUGAGCCGCACCCACUUUGACCCAACAGGGGUGCGGACCGACGCCACGCUGGAUCAGUUCAAGUCGGUGCUCACCAAAUACAGUGUGCCCACCUACACCAACACCACGGCAACCCAAAACCCAGAGGAGACGGUACGGGCCAUGGAGUGACCCACCCUGGGGAGAAUCAAGGCCUCAUCACCUCUCUCUCCCUCUCAGAGGUGACAUAUGUCUCAAAUGCCACCCUAUUCUCUAUAUAGUGCACUACUUUAGACCAGGGCCCAUAACCCUAUUCCCUAUAUAGUGCACUACUUUUGACCAGGGCCCAUAGUAGUACACUAUAGGUAAUAGGGUGGCAUUUUCUCUCUGUGCAGGGACACUGGUUGUGAAGAGUGGCUCACUCUGCACUGAUUUGUAUUUUCCUCUUGGUUUCAUUCAUCACUGAUACUUUGUAAAUGUUCUCUUAGAAGACACAAUGCUUCUAGAUUAAUAGAGUUCUGCUUUUCCAAUAGAGCUGAAAUAUUGGUUAAAUGCCGACAGAUAAUAGCUUCUAUUCUGCUCACUGACUCAUAUUUAUUAUUCUUGUGAAUAAUUCCUUUACAAUUUUAUUUUCUGAGUUCAUCUUAAAGUUCAUGUUGGCUGUUUUCAUCUUUCAAUCCUUUUUUUAUGUACAUUUUUACUCUGGGUAAAAGGUAAUAAAAUGUUGUUGCAAAGCC